AUGUCUGAAGCCGACGAUGCGCCAGAAAUGGCCCAACCCGCCCCGAACCCGGACGCCCAGACGACGGUCAACGACUUCCUCGACUACACCGAAUUCUUCCCGUCGGACCUGGUGCGCUCGCUGACGCUGAUUGCCGACCUCGAUUCCACCUACUCGGACGCCGUCCAGCAGGUGCACGAGCUGACGGUCCAGUAUGGCAAGCUGCCCGCCCUCCCCGAGCAAGAGCGCCCCGAUCCGGUAUUACUACGCAAGAACAUCGCCCAGCAUCUUCAAAAGGCCAUCAAUCAGCGAGAGUUUGCCUACACAGAAGCGUCGCGGCUGUAUGAGGUCACUGUCCGCCACUGCCAGCGCUCAUCAGUCAUCAAGCGGAAACUCCAAGCCCAGCCACAGCCGCCCUCACGCGACCCGACGCCCCCGCCAGUCUCUCCCAGCGCCCACCGACCCGUAAACCGCGACUACAUACGCCCCGCCCAUCUGCGCCUCACCUUCGAUGGCGGCCGACAUGGCGCCAACACCUCACGACCCCGAGACAGGCACAGGAAGACCGCCGUUCCUCUGCCACGCGGACGUGGGCGUCGCGGUGCAACAUACUCGUCAGACUCAGAUGGUGGUUCGGGCAUCGAUGUGGCAUCACCCAGGAAGCGCAAGGACAACCGGGACAGACAUUCAAGGGCAACUGGGGGCAGGUCGCGCGCUGCUGGCGUACUCGGUACCAACGUGCACAGUUCCAUCGCCGGCAUAUCCACUAGCAAUGCGCUCGCACAAUUGGCCCCACCGCCAGCCGACGCGAAACCCGGUAGCAAAUGGGCGCCCUGGAAGAAGCUGACAGAAUACGAAAUGGCCGUCCUGCGCAAGCAGAUGAAGAAGAACGCUGUAUGGACUCCUAGUCAGACCAUGAUGAUACGCGAGCUGGAGAAGAAGCACCGCACAGAGGCCGACUACGAGAGGGAAAAGGCUCGCUGCGAGGCGACAGGCGAACACUUCCUCGACGAAGAGCCCGAGACGCUGCAACAGAUUAUGACAGCUUCUGGUCUGGGCCUUUUGGCACCGCAUGGCCCGCAGGCAGCAAAUCCACCCCCGCCCAUCGAGUGUGUCGAGGAAGAUUCCAGGGAAGAAUCCGGUCCAGUCAGCAUCCGCCUCAAGCCUGUCGCGGCAAAAGAAGGCAGAAAGCUCGACCGCAUGUCACAGCGCCAAAAGGCUAUGCACGAUGCCCAGGAGCUCAUUGCCACUUCUGAGAAGGUAAAAGAAGCUGCUAAGGAGCUUACGGAGCUCAACUUCAGCUCUAGUGUUGCAACUGCGAAUCAGAAGAAGAAAACUCCGCUCAGGCUAUCGAACAAGCGGAAGCGCGAUGCAUCCCCUCCACCCGCCACCGACGGCGCCAUCGAGACCACCAGAGAAGCAUCGGUAGCAACUCAAGACAGCGCGUCAAGGCCGCCAGAACCCAAGCGCGCACGUCUGCAGCUCAUCGCUCCAGCACCAAGUUCCGUCGCCUCUCCGAUACCGACCCCCAACUCGACCGUGUCCACCCCUCGCGAUCGGACGGCCUCUGUUGUGCCCUCUCCAAGAGUAAGUACACCGGUACCAGUCCCAGAGCCUGCAAAGCCAUCGACGAAUGGGAAUACCGUGCAAGUGCCGCUUGCGCCAGCAGGUCCAAGCACACCGAAAGUCAACAAGGCCGUUUCGAAAGAGGCAAGUCCUGAGCUCACACCCAUUACAACGUCGCCGGUACCGCCAGAGGAGUCACCUGCUGUGGCACAGGCUCCGCAAUCACCAGUACCUGUCAAAGCCCCAACCCCUCCAGCUUCAGUCUCAGUCUCAGCACCAACAGCAGCUUCAACCAGGCCCAAACGCGAAUCCGUUGCUCCGAAAGCUCCCACCCCGCCCGUGGCCACUCUCCCGACCACGAAGUCCUCAAAGACACCGACACCCGUGCCUGAGCCCCGCCCCGAGACACCUGCAGCACCAACCCUACGCCCUCGCUCUGCACGCGGCCACGUCCCUACACCCAAGGCGCAAAGCGAAGAGCCCAAGCCGAACGAAGAAGGUAGGAUAACUCGCGAAACCCGUCGUCAUAGUGUCUUUAGCCAACCGGCAACCACGCUCACAGUACCUGCACCCCCACCCCCACCUACCCGCACUAGUAGCCGGCGGAAGCCUCCUCCAAAAGGUGAAGUCACGAAUGCAGAAGACGGCCAAAAGACAGUGACAAACGUCAAACGCGCCCAAGGCAGCAAGAACAAGAGGAAGAAAAAGGCAGAAGAAGAGGCGGAGCAGGCCGACGAUAUCGAUCCCAAUGAGCCCCGAUAUUGUAUCUGCGACGACGUUAGUUACGGGCAGAUGAUAUCGUGUGAUAAUAACUGCGAUAAGGAGUGGUUCCAUCUCCCCUGCAUGGACAUGACCGAAGACGACAUCCCUUCCCGCCGCGCCAAAUGGUACUGUCCAGACUGUCGCGUUACACUGGGCACAGACGCUUAUGGAAACCCGUUGGUGCCGCCUCCGCUGCCGGGUCGCCGCAGUAAUCGGUAG